AUGGUCGCAGAUGAAAAAACUGGGCUUGAACGAGUUCGGAUCAACGACAUCUUCAUGGACUUGCUUUGCCGAAGAAACCAUCAUAUUCUUGUUCUGCAAAUGAGAAAAGGCGGAUUCCAACCUCCGGUCGAUCGUGCAGAUACAGCGGAAGUUCUUACCGACUGCGAUACACCCGCUUGCAAGAUAUGGAACAGUGAAAAUGGAUGCAUUUUGUACGAGCUCUUACUGAAGAUUGAAAGGAUUCGGCCACCGAAUAAGGCAGGUCAGCAGGAAUGUAAUGGUUUCUUCGGCAAGGCAACUCUAUGGAGAUGUCGUCGACCCGAACUCGCUCAAGCCCAGUUUUCUCAUCUGCGACCAUUCGUGCAUGAGGGCGGUAUUCGUGAGGACCGUGUCCCAUCACCUCGCUUGACCCUGGCAAAGACUGUUGCGCAGGUUGAGAAUGAAGUGGAUAAUAUUAGUUGUAUUGAAGAUAAACUCAACCCCAGAGAGUGCAUGUUUUGUUAG